GAACCCAGCGAGGAACACCGGCUACAAGUGCUGCGGCUGGGAAAUGGGGGACUUUCUCCCUGAGCCGCUCUGAGCCGUGCGCGCCAGGCUCCAGCCUCACUGGGUGGCUGAAGCAGAAGGAAACCUGCCUUCUCAUCUGAGGGAUCCUGUCACAGGAAUGUGUGAGUCCCUGGAUAAAUUUGGCCUGGUGACAGCAGCAUGCUUUCUCAGGACAUACUGCCACUUCCUCCUUGCUCCUUUUCUACCCUGACCUGAGUCUCUCACAGCAACCCUGGGACAAUUCAGGAGAUUUGCCCUUUCCACACUCUCCUGCUGCCAGGUUCCCUUUCCUGUCUUUGGUCCCUCUUACUAGGAACUAGUCUAAGGUGCCCACAACCAGCCAUGGCUGCAAAGGAAACAGGGACCUGAGGAGUAGCACUCUCUGCAGAAUGACCUAGUUCCUGGUGGGUUCUCAGCUGUGUUGCUAUUGGCAGAAUUUCUGGAGGCUGCUGGAGGAAUAUCUGACUACUUCCCAUGGAACUCCACUACCUUGUUCAGAAGAACAGCCCAGCAGACCUGUGCACUGAUGCGAACUGGGGUUCAGGAGGGCCUCCUGGUGACCAGACACAAGUGGCAGUGAUGAGAGCUGCUCUUUGCUGUCAGAAAUAUUGUACAUCCACACCAGGAACAGCUGGAGUGGAAGGGUCUAGACUAAGCCCUUCUCUAGCAUCCCCCUCCUCCUUACCCCAAGACAGGGCUGUUUACCCAAGCUUUUUCCCACCAGGACCUCUUAGCUCAGAGAACAACCAAGUAAUGGCAGAACAAAAAGUCUGCAAUUGUUGUAGCCAGGAAUUAGAAACUUCUUUUACCUAUGUGGAUGAGAAUGUCAACUUGGAACAGAGGAAUCAGAGGUCCCCCUCAGCAAAAGACAGUAAUCACCUUGGAGACCUUGGCUGGGGAAAUACAAAUGAAUGGUCCCAUGAUGCUGCCAUAUCAUUAAUAUCUGAAGAUGAAGAUGACAUGAGUUCCGAAGCCACAUCUUCAGGAAAGUCUGUAGACUAUGGUUUCAUCAGCGCCAUUUUGUUCUUGGUCACUGGCAUCUUGCUGGUGAUCAUUUCUUAUAUUGUCCCUCGGGAGGUGACAGUAGAUCCCAACACAGUAGCAGCCCGGGAGAUGGAACGUCUAGAAAAGGAGAGUGCAAGGCUAGGGGCACACCUGGACCGCUGUGUGAUUGCUGGGCUCUGCCUCCUCACACUUGGGGGAGUUGUUCUCUCCUGUUUGCUAAUGAUGUCUAUGUGGAAGGGCGAACUCUAUCGUCGAAACAGAUUUGUCUCUUCCAAAGAGUCUGCAAAACUCUAUGGUUCUUUCAAUUUCAGGAUGAAAACCAGCACUAAUGAAAACACCUUGGAACUGUCCUUGGUAGAGGAAGAUGCUCUUGCUAUAGAAAGUUAAUUCUGGUUAUGAACCUCUUGAGAGUCAGGUGUGGCAUUUUGUAUGAAAAAAAAAAAGUCAAUAGCGUAAUUUAUUUGCUUGGCAAGAAAAGUUUAUUUCACAAACCAAAACCUAGUGCGUAUUUUGCUCCCAUGAGUUGUCUAUUUAGAAAUCCCAUGUAAGAUGUAAAAGAAACCACAGCUGGCUACACCUGUCUUUCUGAAAGCUGAACACCAAUUCACCUAUAAUGACCAUGAGCUUCUGCUUCUAGAGCAAAAUACUUCCAUUGACAAUGUAUGAAUGAUCCCUUUAUGUAAAUAUGGGGUAUUAUUCCUGAGUACUACCCACAUAUAAUGGAAUCAGUUGGUGAUCUGCUUUAUGAAGCACAAGCACAAGCAGACAGUAAGGACUACAUUUAAUUUUCAAAGGUACUUACCCAUUUUCUUGCUAAAAUUUUCUUCCAAUAAUUUGGCUGGACAUUAAAAUGUAGACUUUGAGAAUGUGAAUAUUUUGAAACUUAGGGAUGUUGGUUAUUUUUUAAAAGCUAUAAAAGUGUUAUAUUUUAAAUUAUGGCUCUAUUUAGAAAUGGCAGCUGUGUUAUUAAAGUGUACCUUCUAAUAAAAAAGUAUAUAAAUCAUCUUAAGAUCCAUGUGUGAUUAACCCACAGUAUUAGUUCAAGGUGCUUGUCAUAUGUUUCUUCCUUUAUGAAGUAAAAUUAGUUGUGGAUAUACAUUUUAUUUUCUAUUUAUGGUUUUGCCAUCAUCCUGAGUGUCCAUCCCCUGUGCCUUUGAAAUCUUUGCCAUUUCUCAUAUAAGAGUGGCAAAGCAUGAGAUUUUUAAAAUAUAUCUCCUGACAGCUAAACAUCUACAGAGGUCUGAGUCAUGAUUGUUUCUGGCAUGUUCCCAGGUGACAUUUUGUUGUAGUAAUGUGGAGAAAACCUUCAAUAUAAUUGCAUCUAGACUCUUGGGAACUAUGCCUAGUACAACAAGCCAUUACCUGAGGAUACCUUAAACUCAUAGCCAAAUCUUACACUGGAAAGAAAAAAAUUAAACCCACUCAUUCAGUGAGCAUUGCAUCCAUCGCUAGACCUCACUUCCCCUUGACAAGGUCUAGACAUCGGUAUAAGCACCUUCUACUUGGACCCCUCAGUGACUGUGUUCUUGCCUCAUAAAAUGAAAACUCCUGGUUUAUGUGAGGCACUGUGGACAGAGUGGUCAGGAAAAGGCUGAAGACGGCAGCCUAAGAAAGGUUUUCCACAGGUGUUCCCUGAAGUGAUCCUAGCCUCCCAAUGAAGGCAUAUUAUUGGCAUGUUACAAGGACCAGUGGGCUCAUUCUUAAAAGAGAACUGGAACCAGGAAUGGGUAUGAAAUGGAGGGAAGGAUCAAGUGAGAAAGCAAUUUUUCUUGUAAUAUUUGCGUUGUCAUUAAGGACUAUGGGAAAGGUGUAUGAGUCAGGAUCUAUAUGAAUGAUCCUUUGUGGAUGUCAGAGAAAAUUGUUGGGGUAGCUUAAUUAAAAGCUAAACAAAAACACAGUACAGGAGGAUGAAGUGGAGAGGGCUGGCAUUGGACAGAAUUGUUAAGUAAGAGAAAGAAAUCCUGUGGGGAACUAAGGAAAGGAGGUGCAGCCACUUUGUGCCCCCAACAGAAGUUCACGACCAUGGAGCCACAAAGAUCACUGAGUCACAAGCAUUGGAAGAAUGGAAGCAUUUCUGUUUCUUAGAGCUGGUUCUUCGUGCUUUUUAUUUUGCUGUGACUCUCAUGUCAUCUGUGUUGAGGCCGUCUUCCCAGCAAUUUAAAUUUUAUGUUCUGAAGCUUUGUGAAUUAUCCCAUUUCUAGCCUGCUUCUGUGAGUGAACGGUCUGAACUGAGUUGAAAAAACAAGAACAAAACUUGUAAAGCACAUUUUAAACCCUGUUAAAAUCCAGGUGUGGCGACUCAUACUGACAAUCCCAACACUUCGCAGGAUGAAGGAGGAAGAUCAUUUCAAGUUCAAGGUCAGCUUGAGCCCAAUAGUGAGUUCUAGUGCAGCCUGGGCAACAGAAUGAGACUUUGUCUCGAAAAAAUACAAUAAAAUAUUUGUUUAUUCAUAUAUCAUCUCUGUGAAUUUUAUUUAUUUAUUUAUGGAUGUGAUGAAUUAGCUACAUGGAAUGUGAACUAAUCUGUGGCCCAAAUAUCAGCUCUUGAUGAGUUUGAAAAUCAAACAUUUAAAUUCUGUAAAACUGAUGAUAAAGAAAAAUGCCAAAGCUUUUCAUAUAGAAAUAUUAAAUGACUUACUAUUCUAAAUCAUAUAGAUAUAUCUAAAGACAACAUUUUGUAAAAUGUCUUUUAAGAAAAGAACAUUUUAAAUUGAAAAUAAACAAAUGCUAAUUUCAACUUUAUUUAAAUUUGUUCAGAUACCUAGAACAUGAUUCUUCAGGUUCUG